CCCUGACGGAGGAGCUGGGGACAAUCACGUCCGUCUUGGGCACUUGGGCAAAGCAGGACUCCGCCUUCUCCAAGUCGUCUGUGCCCACGGCCGGCCUGGUUGGAUUCCUGUCGGAUGCAUCGAGUGAUGAAACGUGGGACGACGCGUACCGCUGCCUGAACGCAGUUGUGACGAAUGGAAAGAAGGUCAAAAAUGGCUUUGAGUUCACUGGGCCCGAGUCCGGCGGAAUGUGGCCCGUUAACAUGUGGCAGUAUGGUAACGUGUACGGCUUUGUGAAUUACGCGUUUACGCUUGUGGCGACGGCGACCAUCCAGCAGGUUCCGAAGGAGAGCGCGCCUCUGCUGGGUGCGAGUCUGGAGGACUAUGGCAGCACGAAGUUCGUGGGGCUGGCGUACACUGCGGCGAAGAAGUGGGAGACGGUCUUCAACGGCGCGGCAACAGCACCCAUCGGCGGCGGCGGUGACUGGGAGCCGGGGAAGGAGUACCAAGUGGCUCUUAUGCUUCAGGGCAACAAGGGCUCGGUGUACGUGGACGGCGAGCUCGUGGGGAGCUCCGAAGCGCUGCCAACACCCGAGGCACGGAGUUACAAAGUUUCUCACUUCUACUUUGGAGACGACGAGGGCGGCAGUGUGACGGUGACGAACGUCUUUUUGUACAACCGCCCGCUGAGUGCCACGGAACUCAAAAUUCUCAACGACGCAUAUGGUAACAGUACAGGCGACAGCUCCAUGCGUGCGGAUGGGGCUUGGGUGCUGCUACUCCUGCUGCCACUGGGGCUAUGGGGCAUUGCGGCCCUCUCCUGA